AAUGGAAGCACGUAUCGGGCGAAAGGGGAGGCAGUGAUGGCGCUGGCCUUCCGAAGCGGGGACGGGGUAAAGCUGGGAAGGCGCGAGCGGGCGAAGGAGUGACCGAGCGGCAGCGGUGGCAGCGCUCGGCGUUUUUCUUGGCGGCGGUUUAAGGUUAUUUGGGUUAUUGCCUGAUGUGAAAAAUGGGAGACAUAGAAGGCACUUACAGAGUAUUGCAAACUCCAGGUUCUCGUUUGGGAGUGCAGAAAAAUUCUGGAGUGAGUACUCUGGAACCAGGACAGAAUAUUUCUUCUGCCAUGGCUUCAACAUCUACUAGAAUAUAUGAGAGAUCUAUACAGAUCAAAGUCAAGCUUUUGGAUAACACUCAGGAGGUACUUGAUAUUGAGUCAAAAUGUUAUGGCCAGAAACUACUGACAGAGAUAUUUAAUCGUCUGAAUUUGAUUGAGUCUGACUACUUUGGAAUUGAGUUCCAAAACAUGCAAUCAUAUUGGAUUUGGUUGGAGCCAAUGAAACCUAUCAUAAAACAAAUAAGAAGACCAAAGAAUGCAGUGCUUCGUCUAGCUGUAAAGUUCUUUCCUCCAGAUCCCGGUCAAUUGCAAGAGGAGUAUACCAGAUAUCUAUUUGCACUGCAAAUGAAGAGAGAUCUAGCAGAAGAACAUCUUACCUGUAAUGACAGUACAGCAGCACUCCUCAUAUCUCAUCUUCUACAAUCGGAGAUUGGAGAUUUUGAUGAAUCAUGUGAUGAAGAACAUCUUAAAAACAACCAGUACUUUCCAAACCAGGAAAGACUGCAAGAAAAAAUAUUUGCAUUUCACAGGAAGCAUGUGGGCGAAACCCCUGCUGAAUCAGACUUCCAGGUGCUUGAAAUAGCUCGGAAAUUGGAGAUGUAUGGCAUGAGAUUUCACUUGGCAUCUGAUCGUGAAGGGACAAAAAUUAAUCUGGCUGUUUCACACAUGGGUGUAUUGGUUUUCCAGGGCAAUGUAAAAAUCAAUACUUUCAACUGGUCCAAAGUCCGAAAAAUAAGCUUCAAGAGAAAACGAUUUCUUAUCAAGCUUCAUCCAGAAGUUCAUGGUCCAUAUCAGGAUACUCUGGAAUUUCUUUUGGGAGGUAGAGAUGAGUGCAAGAACUUCUGGAAAAUAUGUGUUGAGUAUCAUACUUUCUUUAGGUUAUCUGAUCAACCAAAACCAAAAUCAAAACCAGUCUUCUUCAGCAGGGGAUCAUCUUUCAGAUACAGUGGGCGAACACAAAAACAAUUGGUGGAUUAUGUUAAAGAAAGUGGGUUGAAGAAAAUUCCAUAUGAAAGGAGGCAUAGCAAAACUAGAAUGUCUGCUCACACCUUGAGUAUUGAUGCACCCAAACAGAGUAUCUCAUUUACAGAAGGGUUAAGAACCCCUGCACCUAAUGCAUGCACAUAUGCCUCCUUCCAUAUGGAUAAUAUAUUAUCUUCAAACUUUGCCAGCUUGUCCUCUUUCACAGAAAGCAACUCUUUCUUUUUGGAACCCAGAAUGUCACAUGGAGGGAGCUUGUCAGCAGAAGGAAAUAGUGCAAUAUCAGAAGAAAUUGGGAAGAAAGUGGUACAACAGCCUGGAUCACCAAAACUCCAGUCAUUCCAAGGUCCUCAGCUAUCUUCUUUUAAAGUGAAGAGUCCAGCGACCUUGAAUCCCCCAUUGCAGGUGACUACAAGCCAGGGGUCAUUUUCUCUGUUGAGCCCUGUCCUGAGCGAUGUUGGUGGAGUCCAGUUUGAAGAAGAGGAUGAAAUGAGACAUAAGAAAUGCCCAGCAGACCAAGCAUAUUUCAUUGCAAAGGAAAUCCUUGCUACUGAACGAACAUACCUAAAAGACCUGGAAGUUCUAACUCUAUGGUUCCGCAGUGCAGUCGUCAAGGAGAAUGCAAUGCCUGAAGGUCUCAUGACCUUAUUCUUCUCCAACAUAGACCCUAUCUAUGAGUUUCACAGAGGUCUUUUGAAGGAGCUUGAGCAGAGACUAGCACUCUGGGAGGGACAUUCCAAUUCUAGGAAAGGAGAUUAUCAGCGGAUUGGAGAUGUCAUGCUGAGAAAUGUGCAUGUGCUGAAGGAAUUUAUCAGCUAUCUGCAGAAACAUGAUGAAGUCUUGAUGGAACUUGAGAAAGCAACUAAGCGUAUUAAGAAACUGGAAAUAGUUUAUAAGGAAUUUGAACUCCAAAAGGUUUGCUAUUUGCCCCUCAACACUUUCCUGCUCAAACCCAUCCAGCGGUUAAUGUACUACAAGCUGAUCCUGGGAAGACUUUGCAAACACUAUCCAGCAGAUCAUCAAGACUACACUGAUUCCAGGAAUGCACUGAAGGAAAUCACAGAAAUGACAUCGCAACUUCAAAACAGUUUGAUCCGGUUGGAAAAUUUCCAGAAGCUAAUAGAGCUACAGCAUGACCUUCUUGGCAUUGACAACCUUGUAGUACCUGGAAGGGUAAUCAGUUAUCUUGAAUUUAUUCGAGAGGGUUGUUUGUACAAGCUUACCAAAAAGGGUUUACAGCAAAGGAUGUUCUUUUUGUUUUCAGAUAUCUUGCUGUAUACAAGUAAAGGUGUAACAGGGACCAAUCAGUUCAAAAUACGAGGACACCUCCCUCUGCAUGGGAUGCUGGUGGAAGAGAGCGAAAAUGAAUGGUCUGUCCCUCAUUGCUUCACAAUCUAUUCAGCUCAAAAAACGGUAGUAGUGGCAGCAAGCACUCAUCUGGAAAUGGGGAAAUGGUUGGAGGAUUUAAAUAUGGCAAUUGAAAUGGCCAAGAAAACUGUUGAGAAAUCAGGCAUGUUUCUCGAAAAUUCUCUAUCCAGUCGUUCUAACAGAUCCUCAGAUGAGGUUUCUCUAGAGCAGGAGUCCGAAGAGGACAUUAAUUCUUCUCGUAGCUCCCUGGACAGGCAGAGCCACCACCGUGCCAACACUACCAUGCAUGUCUGCUGGUACCGCAAUACCAGUGUCUCCAUGACCGAUCACAGUGUGGCCGUCGAGAACCAAUUAUCAGGGUAUCUGCUGAGGAAGUUCAAAAAUAGUAAUGGUUGGCAGAAACUAUGGGUUGUUUUUACAAACUUCUGUCUGUUCUUCUACAAAACACACCAGGAUGAUUAUCCACUGGCCAGUUUACCACUUAUUGGUUACACAAUCAACAUGCCCAUGGAGGCAGAUGGCAUUCAGAAAGAUGAUGUCUUCAAGCUGCAGUUUAAAUCCCAUGUCUAUUUCUUCAGGGCUGAAAGCAAGUAUACCUUUGAAAGGUGGGUGGAAGUGAUAAAGAGAGCCACGAGUUCUCCUGGAAGAUCCAGCCUUCUCACCGCAAAGGAUGAAGAGGGAAAUAGCACAAACUGAAAGAGGCGGAGCUGGUCUCUGUUGUGAAUUGUGCGUGGCAGUCUGGCUGGAGGAGAGGAACCUGAAUUUGUUAACAAUCAAAGGAGAAGACAUCUCUUACCUGCUGUGGAAGGUGGUGAAUUUUGCUGUAGUAUGAAACACAGGGACCAAAAUCCCACUGAGCUCAAAUCCAAAGAGAAAACGUGGCUGCUGCUUUUAUAUAUGGCUCAGUGUUGUUGUUUCUACUUAGAUGAGUAGAAUUAUUGGAGGUGUUUGGCUGGUCUCAAAUCUUGUGAUCUUGAAUUGAUUUCUAGAACCUGUUAAUGUUUAGUCUGGUUAAAUAAUCUUUGUGCAACUUGCCCACCAGCCAGGCACCCCCCACAUCUUGCAAGCCACAUUCACAUUGUUUAUAUGGUGUUUCUACUUGCAGUAAAAGGGAGAGUUCAGAAAAUUGCCAGCAACUUAAAUUUUCUUUUCCCAAACUGACAUGAUGCUUUUUCUUUUGUAGAGUAAGUGAGAGAAUUGGCUGGAAAUUUUGCUAAGAGAAUGCAGUUUAUUCUGAUAUAAAGAAAAUAAUGUCUGUAUCACUGCAGUUAAUAUUUUGAGUUCCCCGUGUCCUGAUAUUGUUCCCACUGGUUUCCUGUAUCUAUGUGCUUCUCAUGGCUUUUGAAUAAUGUUCCUCUACUCUCUUUCUCUCUCUCUGAGUUAUAAAUAUGGACACAACCUGGAGGAAUAGAAAGGUCAGUUUAAAAAAUAGCCUGUUUCCUUUGAAACAAAAAUAAAUGCCUACUGCUGCAUGUAUGUACAAUGAACAGAAUUUAAAAAAUAAAUUUGAAGCAGCAGUAGAAGGUUGAGUGUUUAUGUAUCAUUAACUGUAGAGAAAUAAUCAGGUACUAAUGAUUUUUUGUACAAAGGAAUAAAUAAAUGCCAAGGAUUUACAAAGUAAAAACUGGCACAGGCGUAACUUUCAAAAUAUAUAUUCUGUUAUUAAGAUAGCCCAUUAAAUUUAGAUACCACACAGCUGCAAGUUAACAAAUAACAGAUAUCCUAUUCACAACUGUCUCCUGUAACUUAGCGCCAUUGUCCUAUACCAUGGAAGCAGAAUCUGUGGUGUCUGUCUGUAUGUUUCAAUGAAGAUGAAAAAACUACCCUGGCAAGAAGGCUCUGUGCUUCUUACAUGGCACAGAUCCACAUACUGUCCUUGGAUAGCAGUGCAAAGUAGCUUGCUGGUUUGAAGAGGCCGGAUCUUAAUGCAACUAUAUUUGUUAGUUUAAGCAACAAUGUGGUGACGGGUGGUGUACUUAAGGGAAACAGUGUGGGGUGAAAUGUUACCUUAAACGCUAUUUUGAAGUGUGGGAGACUGGAAGAGGGACUUGACAAAACUUCGGAUUCAGUUCAUUACUCAUGGAAUUGAUUCAAAAGUUACAUAGGUUUAGGGUUUAUUUCCCAUGGAGAGCAGAGGGAAAAUUCUGACAUCUUUCUUGAGGAGGAGCAAAUUCCUAAAGAUUUAUUUAAUAUAAUGGCCAUUUAUUAUGCCUUCUGUCUUAAUUUAUUAGUCUGUUUUUGGAAAUAAACUAUCAUAGAUCUCUAAA